UAAGUAGAGGAAAGUGUCUUGCAGAGCUUAUGGUGGUAAAAUUUGGCCAGUUAUCAGGUAUAGGCUCAAGAGGCAUUCACAGCAUCUUCAGGCCAGAAAUUUGCUGAGAAUGGCUUUGCAGCCAAAAAUUUGGGAAAAGUUCAAACAUCUACGAUAAGAGUCAUUGGGAAAUACAACCACAAAUCCCCAUUCUUGUGGUACAGGCCAUAUCAUUAAGUGGCUAUCACUAGAUAGCCUUCCUUCAAUGAUGUUCCUCAUUUAGGAACCCAGGGCUCUCCAGGGGAACACUACAAUUGAGGUUGUGGAUAUUUUAAGUAGGAAGAAAGUCACCUCCAUAAAACUUAGUGAUUGGAGCUGCCACCAUUGCAAAUUUCUAAACUUUGCAAGACAGCAGUCGCAUUUCAAAUGGCACUCUGAAAGAGGGGAUAAUGGGCUAAGGCAGAUUUCCCUCCAAACAUGGUUACCGCACAAAGGCAAAGUUCACAUUGCACUUGGAGAUUUCUCCCAGUCUAGUUUAAGAUCACAGAUUGCAGAUCCCAGACAGCUGGUACCAACCUACCAGUGUCGUGUUAAGGCUAAACCUAAGACUCUAACACUCUGCAGCCUUAGGAUUGGACUUCCCUUCCUGUUCCUGGGAAGAAUUAGGGAUAGGAACUAAAGGUCACUAUUCUUCUGAGAAAAGAGAUCCUGUAGUAGGCAGGAGCGAUGAGUACAUGGCAGGAGUUCAAAGUGAUAAGGGGCAGCCAGAAGCCACAGAGCAUAAACCUCCAAGGGCUGCCAUAGAGGAUAAAGUGACCAGCACCCCGACGCGUCUGUCCAGCUUGUAACCAUCCAACUGUUCCAACUGUCUGUUAGCAGUUCUAAUAGUUAGAGCUUCUUCAUUGUCUUUCAGCUGCUCCUGCCCUCUUCAAGGUCACCCUAGAAUCAGAUCUGCUCCUCGGCAUCUUGUUUCCUGGCGAGUGCUUCCUGCUACCUUGGAUUGGCCAUGACGGGCUGGAGCUGCCUUGUGACGGGAGCAGGAGGGUUUCUGGGUCGGAGGAUCAUCCGCCUGUUGAUGGAGGAGAAGGAGCUGAAGGAGAUCAGGGCCUUGGACAAGGCCUUCAGACCGGAAUUUGGGGAUGAAUUUUCUGAGCUCCAGAGCAAGACCAAGCUGACGAUGCUGGAAGGAGACAUUCUGGACGAGUCAUGCCUGAAGAGAGCCUGCCAGGGCAUCACGGUCGUCAUCCACACAGCCUCUAUCAUCGAUGUCUUUGGCGCCAUUCACAGAGAGUCCAUCAUGAACGUCAAUGUGAAAGGUACCCAGCUCCUGUUGGAGGCCUGUGUCCACGCUAGUGUGCCAGUCUUCAUCUACACCAGCACCCUAGAGGUGGCUGGGCCCAACUCCUACAAGGAAGUCAUCCAGAACGGCCACGAAGAUCAGCCUCUGGAAAACACAUGGUCUGCUCCCUAUCCCUACAGCAAACAGCUUGCUGAGAAGGCUGUGCUGGCGGCUAAUGGGUGGACUCUCAAAAAUGGGGGCACCUUGUACACUUGUGCCUUAAGACCCAUGUAUAUCUAUGGGGAAGGAAGCCGAUUCAUUUCUGCCACUAUAAAUGAGGCUCUGAACAACAGCGGGAUCCUGCCAAGUGUCGGCAAGUUCUCCACAGUCAACCCAGUGUAUGUUGGCAACGUGGCCUGGGCACACAUUCUGGCCUUGAGGGCCCUGCAGGACCCCAAGAAGGCCCCAAGUGUCCAAGGACAGUUCUAUUACAUCUCAGACGACACGCCUCACCAAAGCUAUGAUGGCCUUAAUUACACCCUGAGCAAAGAGUUUGGCCUCUACCUUAAUUCCAGCUGGAGCCUUCCUUUACUCCUGAUGUACUGGAUGGGCUUCCUGCUGGAAGUGGUGAGCUUCCUGCUCAGCCCAAUUUACACCUAUCGGCCCCCGUUCAACCGCCACACAGUGACGUUGUCAAACAGCGUGUUCACCUUCUCUUACAAGAAGGCUCAGCGAGAUCUGACAUAUAAGCCGCUCUACAGCUGGGAGGAAGCCAGGCAGAAAACCGUGGAGUGGGUUGGUUCCCUUGUGGACCGGCACAAGGAGAUGCUGAAGUCCAAGACUCAGUGAUUUAAGGAUGACGGGGAUGCCCACGUGGGUGAUGUCAUCAAGCUCCACUUUCCUGGCUUCAUACAGAAGGUGAAAAAGACACAAACCCAGGUCCUACUGCCUCCCUUUCACACAAUGGCCAAAUUAUUGUCUUCCUCUGGUCAUCAAAAACUGUGCAGUCACUGGUCCAGCCAGAAGCUUUCUGUCCUAACCAUAUACCAGAGGACGGACAACGGGAUUUGCAGUUACCAAAUAUCAGUGGCUAAUUCUCAACAAUUUGGGGUCUCUUUUAACUUGAGGUCUCUUGACUACUAGAGCUUCAUUUCCCCUAUUAAAUGAGAAAGAAUUUCUUUUUUUUAAUCUCCUAUUUCUUCACACAGUUCAAUGAAGUGAACAAUAGAUGUUUUAAUGUUUAACCUG